GGGAGACUGCCCUGUGCAGCCUGUGGACAUCUUCGGGACGCGCCCUCUGCCCCUCCCCCCACCCCGCCCCCAGCCGCUUUCCUCGUUCCUGGCUGUUACCUCAGUGGUUUGGACCCGCUUUAGACUCGCACGGGAGUUGCUUGGCUUUGAGAUUUUGACUUGAGUUGUAAUGCAUCCAGUAAAACAAUUAUCUUGAUAGGUUGGCUUUGUAACCUUUCUUAUUUGUUCCCAUAGAAGUUAAAUUCGCUGUUAGAAAGUCGGGGAGCUGGGAAGGGCUGAGAACCGUAACAUUAGGCUCUCAAUGUCGACCUGAUGAACUGAAGUCACCUGAAAAUAAUUCUACCCAUUAGAUUUGGUAAGAAGCAUUAGAAGUUAGGAAAGAAUGAGAAUUUUCUAACCCCAUCUUGGGUGGGGAGCAGAGAAGCGCAGUGUUUCGGCCAGAACCGUGCUGGAGCUGCUGAAAGAUGGCAGAAGAAGUGGUGGUAGUAGCCAAAUUUGAUUAUGUAGCCCAGCAAGAACAAGAACUAGACAUUAAGAAGAAUGAGAGAUUAUGGCUUCUGGAUGAUUCUAAAUCCUGGUGGCGAGUUCGAAAUUCCAUGAAUAAAACGGGUUUCGUGCCUUCUAACUAUGUGGAAAGAAAAAACAGUGCUCGGAAAGCAUCUAUUGUAAAAAACCUAAAGGAUACCUUAGGUAUUGGAAAGGUGAAAAGAAAACCUAGUGUACCAGAUUCUGCAUCUCCAGCUGAUGAUAGUUUUGUUGACCCAGGGGAACGUCUCUAUGACCUCAACAUGCCUGCUUAUGUGAAAUUUAACUACAUGGCUGAGAGGGAGGAUGAAUUAUCAUUGAUAAAAGGGACGAAGGUGAUCGUCAUGGAGAAAUGCAGUGAUGGUUGGUGGCGGGGUAGCUACAAUGGACAAGUUGGGUGGUUCCCUUCAAACUAUGUAACUGAAGAAGGUGACAGUCCUUUGGGUGACCAUGUGGGUUCUCUGUCGGAGAAAUUAGCAGCAGUUGUCAAUAACCUAAAUACUGGGCAAGUGUUGCAUGUGGUACAGGCUCUUUACCCAUUCAGCUCAUCCAAUGAUGAAGAACUUAAUUUUGAGAAAGGAGAUGUAAUGGAUGUUAUUGAAAAACCUGAAAAUGACCCAGAGUGGUGGAAAUGCAGGAAGAUCAAUGGAAUGGUUGGUCUGGUGCCAAAAAACUAUGUUACCAUUAUGCAGAAUAAUCCAUUAACCUCAAGUAUGGAACCAUCACCUCCACAGUGUGAUUACAUUAGGCCAUCACUCACUGGGAAGUUUGCUGGCAAUCCUUUUUAUGGCAAAGUCACCAGGCAUCAAGCAGAAAUGGCAUUAAAUGAAAGAGGGCAUGAGGGGGAUUUCCUCAUUCGUGAUAGUGAAUCUUCGCCAAACGAUUUCUCAGUAUCACUAAAAGCACAAGGGAAAAACAAGCAUUUUAAAGUCCAGCUAAAAGAGACUGUCUACUGCAUUGGGCAGCGUAAAUUCAGCACCAUGGAAGAACUUGUAGAACAUUACAAAAAGGCACCAAUAUUUACAAGUGAACAAGGAGAAAAAUUAUAUCUUGUCAAGCAUUUGUCAUGAUACUGAUGACCAGAAGUGACUGCUACGUAGCUUUAACUUGUCAUGUAAUUGAAGACUGAGAAAAUGGUAGUCCAAUCAUGCAUGAUUGGAAAUUGCUAUUUCUAACUCUGAGAAUUGACUAUAAUACAUAAGUAUUUUUAUUAUAAUUCAGCCCACAUAUAUAUAUAUAUAUAAAUACUAUGUAUGCAAUGCAUCUACAUAGAACAAUUCCUUAUCCUUGAUCUUCUGUUUUAUUGUUUUCUUCUUUGCCACUUUUUCUCUUUGCUUCUAAUGUUAAGGUUUUGUAUUUUGGAAAAAGAAUCAAAUAAUGAAGUCUUUAUAUUGAAGAAUUCCUUUAUUGCCUUUCCUUUAUUUCCUUGUAAAGGUACCCUAUUUCUUCUGUGAUGAUUUCUCUUCAUAUAAAAUCAUAUCUAUAUAUGACAUAUGCUAAAAUAAAUUUCUUGGAGAGUAUUAAUUUUUUCUGUGACUAAAUAGCAAUAAUAAAUGGAAAAUUAGAAAUUAUUUUCAAGUAUUAUAUUUGUCACAAGCCAUUGUAAAUACCAAGUAUGUUGUAUCAGCCAUUUUUUUAAUUCAUUCAUUAUCUUCAAUUUAUAGCAAAACCAAGUUAGAAAACAUCUUGUACAAUUUUUUUAUCAUGUACAAUUUUAAUUUACAACUGUUGGAAACAAAAUCACUAAAUUCUUAAGAAUUUUUUUGAUGCUUUUAUUAAAGAGACCAAAGCAAUGUCAGAGAUAUUUAGCUUUUCAAACUGUAAAUGCAUACUCCAAUGUUACUUUUUAUCCCCUAGUAUUAUUUUACCAAAGCAUCUUGUAUUAGGAUUUGUUAUAUUUAUUUUAUGCCUGUGUGAAAUAAGUUAUGGCCAAGUUUGGGGGAAAUAGGAGGCACUGAGAUACUUGGGUUUUUUUCCUCCCUGAACAUCAGAAAUUAUCAGGAAUAAUAUUGCCUAUUUUCAUUUCCUCAUUUCAACUUUUGAGUUUUGUUGACUGGGGCACUAAAAUUGAUUUGUACUUGAGGAGUAUGAAAGGAUAUGGUUAGAGAAAAUUAUAUUAUUUUUAAAACAUAUUUUUUUGUUUACCAGGUAGGAAUUUGGGUAUAUGGAUGAGAGGCUACUGUGAAGUAUUGGAUCUACUUCUGUAGGCCACAGAAGAAUACCAGUUGUAUUUUUUUCCAUGUUGUUAAUUCUGGCAAUUUAA